GCACCGCGCUGAAGACAGGCUCCCCCUAAUGGGUCUCCCAAGUUAGUCAUUUGAGGACUUGGCCGCAACCUCAGGCGCAACAGGAGUCACGCCGCUCUGCAGUUAAACUUGCCAGAAGUUACACGGAAAGCGGAGAAAGUUUGUGAUUUCAAUCCUUUCCGGUGUGGUUGGACACCUCACAUUCAUCUACUUCAUUGUUUUUCAAGACUUCCUUAUUUUUUAUUGCAAUUUCAUAGAAAUGAAGCGAAACACGGCAGGGAAACUUUUGCGACGCAUCAAUGUGCUGAAUGCAACCUUCAUAUACCUAUGGUGUGUGCAGAACUACAGCGACGCAUACAAUCUGGAUGUAGAAAAUUACUUAUCCAUCUCUGGUCCAAACGGAUCGUUUUUUGGAUAUUCCGUGCUGCUUCACGAGAAUGCCAAUGGAAAGUGGGUGAUAGCGGGAGCUCCUGUUGGCGCCUCAAAGUUUCACCAGCAAACCAGCAAUCCUGGUGCUAUUUACAAGUGCAAAAUCCCAGACAAGACCUGUGAACAGAUAUACCUAGAUGUCAGUAACUGUGGGAAGACUUGCUCUCCAGAAAAUGACAACCAGUGGCUUGGCGUGAGUUUGUCGAGACAGCAGAGCAGUGGAAACAUUUUGGCAUGUGGACAUCGUUGGAAAAAUGUCUUCUACACCAAAAAAGAGAAUCACAACAAGCUGCCACAUGGUGUUUGCUACAAACUAGAUGCUGAUUUGGGGAAAUAUCUACAGUUAAUUCCCUGCUACAACGACCACCAACGGGAAUUCGGCAAAAAUUACGGAUCCUGUCAAGUUGGAAUAUCUAAUUUUAUGACUGAGGACUUAAUCGUAAUGGGAGCACCGGGAUCAUUUUACUGGACUGGCUCCGUUUUAGUCUAUAACAUGUCAAGCCAGAUCAUGUCAGCGUACUUGGAUGAUGAUGGCGUCGUUCUCCAUGGAAGCUACUUGGGUUACUCUGUGGGUGCUGGUCACUUCACUAACCCCAGUACCAUCGAGAUCGCAGCCGGGGCUCCACAGCACGAGCAGACCGGUAAAGCUUACAUAUUCCAGGUGGAGUCCAACCUGCUGAAGAUUCUCUUUGAGAUGACGGGCCAUAAGCUGGGCUCCUAUUUUGGCGCCAGCGUGUGUGCCGUUGACCUGAAUUCGGACGGACUCUCGGACCUGCUGGUGGGGGCACCGAUGUUCAGCACCAUCAGGGAGGAAGGGAGGGUGUACGUCUACAUAAACCAGGGCGCCGCCGAGAUGAAGGAGGCAGAGUUUCUGCUUACAGGAAGUGACUCAUAUGCCUCUCGCUUUGGGGAAACCAUCACCAACUUGGGAGACAUCGAUGACGAUGGUUUCCCAGAUGUGGCCAUCGGAGCGCCGCAGGAGGAUGAGCUGCGCGGGGCUAUUUAUAUCUACAAUGGCAGGAAGAGCGGGAUCUCCGCGGCGUACUCCCAAAAAAUUACUGGAGCUGUCCUGGGGGCACACUUUAGCAUGUUUGGCCAGUCUGUUUCCGGGGGCGUUGACAUCGACAACAAUGGCUACCCAGAUGUUGCCGUGGGGUCCUUCCUGUCUGACUCAGCUGUGGUGCUGAGGACGCGACCUGUGGUGAUCGUGGAGGCCUUGGUGUUGCUUUCCCCAAGCAUCAACCGCAGCGUGCCGCUGUGCCCCGACCAUGGCCAGCUAGCAGUAUGCUCCAACAUCACAGUCUGCUUCAGGGUGCAGGGCAAACAAAUUCCCGGCAGCAUAGGAAUGCUGUAUAACUUGACUGCGGAUGUCGAACACAGGGAAGCAUUUCCCAACCGCUUCUACUUCCUGGAAAAUGGAACCUCCAACACCACCACAGGGAAGGUCUUUGCUCGGCCCAACCAUGUGUCCUGCGUCACCCACACGGCCUACAUGAGGAGAGACAUCAGGGAUAUCUUCUCGCCGAUCUAUUUUGAGUUGAAGUACGAGCUGGGAAAGCACAGUGUUCCUAGGGAAAGAGUCACGACUCUUCCAUACCUGAAGCCGGUACUGCAGCAGCGGGGGAAGGAGCACAACCAAGUCAGGAACAAGACUGAAUUUGCCCGUUACUGCGCUUGGGUCAACUGUUCGACCAACCUGCACGUUUCGGCCCAGCUGGUGCUGCCUCACUCCCACCAAAAUAUGCCGUACUUCGCGCUGGGGACCGGAAAGACCAUCAUGCUAAAUGUGACACUGGCCAACCUGGGAGACGAUGCCUUUCUGCCAAUGCUUCACCUAAGGUUACCCAGCAACCUUUACUUCAUUAAAGUUCUGGAAGCGGAGGAGAAACAUGUAAGCUGUGAAAGCGUGGAGGACGACAAGGCCACUGUGGACUGCAGCGUGGGAAACUCGUUCUUGAACUCUUUGGCUAAGCUCAACAUCAGCUUUCUGCUGGACGUCAACCAGAGUAGCAAUGCCGGUGACCUCAACAUCACUGUAAAUGCGACUCGGGAUAAUGUUGAAAAUGAAGACCUUCUAUAUGAUAACACUGCCACGGUGACGUUACCGCUCAGAUAUGGUGUUGACCUGAACAUCCACGGCAUCGUCUCCCAGCCAAGUUUUGUGUUUGGUGGUCCAGAGAGAACCGGCUGUUCUACCAAGAAGUUCAACUAUACAUACAAGGUUAUCAGCGUUGGUCCAAGCAAAGCUGUAGGGGCCAGAGUUCAGAUCGAUAUUCCCAAAAAUUUAGCACCAUAUUCCUACCGAUUGCUCAAUAUCGUGGAUUUACAGACGUCUGUUGGACGGUGUUACAUUGGAGACGCAGAUAACGGAAGUGCCCUCAGCUGUGAUGUACCCCAGCCGAAUGUGCUCGAGGAGUUGGUGUUCUUCUUCUCGAAAAUAACGAAACGACAAAUGUACUGCAUGAAGCCCGACUACCUGUGUCUCCAAGUUGUGUGUGAGCUUGGAGACCUCGACGUGGGGAAAGACGUGACCAUUCAGAUGGAGGUGGAGCUCAAUCCCGAUGUGCUCCAGGUGUCCCCGGGCAGACACGGAAUAAUGCAGCUGGAGAGCACUGCCGUUGCCUGGCCAGAGGGCCCCUACGCAGUGUUCCUGACUCAGACUGCCUUCACAAAGGUUGUGUUGGAAGCCCAUUACAGCCAGAGACCACGUGAGGACCUGUCCAUUUUCAUCAUUGCCUCAAGCCUGACAGCUGGGCUCCUCAUUUUGGCUGUGCUCAUAUAUGUCAUGUGGAAGGCUGGAUUCUUCAGGAGAGAGUACAAAGAGAAGCAAGAGGCAUUUCGAAGGGAGAGCUGGGACUUUGUACAGAAGAGCUCAGAAGUUUAUUAAAUGGGCAGAUGUCAGGCUCAAAGGCAGCAAACGGAAACGGAAGUGGUCAAAGAAUAAAGUCAAGGGGUAACCAGGUACAGCUGCAUGUGUCUGGAUAGCAGACGAAGGCCAUCGAAAGCCUCGUGCAAACUUUGCCCUGCACUGCACCUGCUGUGCAAAGACACAGACUACAGAUCUACCACCCUCCUCCCCCCGUCUUGUGGAAUGGACCGCACCCCGUCGAAAGUCAAGUUUUCUAUACUGGGAGGAUGCGUGGAGUGCACUUUACCUUGCCAUUCGGCCUACCCCCCCCCCGGAGUGGUCAGACAUCACCUUGCAAGAUGAUGACACGCUUGCUGGUGAGGGGGGGCGCGCUGACCAAUGAUGGCAUGCUGUUUUCGUCACAGAAAAAUGCAUCGUCAAUGCAUCUGAUCCUGAAUGCGAAAGCGAGUACAUUCCUGUUUUUAUAUAUUCACAUGUAAAUAUUUGUGAAAUACCGUAUACAUAUAUACUGUUAUGCAGACUGCAGGCCUACCGUGACCCUGUACUGGAGAAGUGCUUAUGAGUGAUGAAUAGAUGGAGUUAUGUAUAUAAAGGUGCAAUACUUUUUAAGGA